AUGGCUAUGACACAAGCUGGCACUGUCAUUUUUCCGCUCCUACAAGGAUUCGAAUAUGUUGUGAUUGAUAAUCAGACCUAUCAGGAUGGGUGCCUCUUACUGCUUAAUUUUGCUAUAAACGGGCAAGUUGCCCACCAGGCACGGAUGCUCCCAUAUCGACUAGGUCGGCUCAAGUCAAUCCGGCAUGGACUAGGCCAUUUAUGGAGUGAGCUUUUCGAUAUGCCUGAUGUGAAUCCAAGAUGGAAUCAACCUAUCGAUCUUCAACCACCACUACUAGAAAUUCUGGCGACAAUUAGCCAACGGGGGGACUUAGAACAUCUCAACGACUAUACACUAGCUGAGUGGACUGAGGAGCUUGAGUGGUUUGCACCAGAGUAUCUAGCCUACGAGCGCGAGGGCCGUGUGGCUGAGUAUAGCUGGGAUCAGCUAGCAGGUGUGACAGAUAGCGGUUACAAUCAUAUUCGCGAUAGGCGAUUGAUGAUUGCGAUGGGGAUGAGGCCUGUGUGA